CAGUCGCUAGCCACAAACUGACUUUAAAAGUGUUUGGAGAUCUUCAACCAAAGAAGUUCCUUUCAAGUCUGUGACACAGAAUAGUCCAGACAAGCCGAGUACUUCCAGGUUUUCUAAAGGCAGUGAGCGGAGUAACUAAAGACAACUGUAAACAGGAACCUGUACGUUGAACGUCAAUCAAACAUGCAGCCUGGCAGUAAAUAAAGCAGGGUGGAGGAAUCGUGGAGAGCAGACUGGGGUUCUUUCUACAGAGGUCUAUGUGAUCCAGGAAGAUGGAAAGUCUUGGAAGCAGUGUGAAGAAGAAAGCAACUGAAAGGCAUCACAAAGCGGAGGUUUUGAUUGCUGGAGAGCAGCUGAGGCUUCGGUUGCAUGAUAGUAAGCUUAUCAAAGACCGCCGCUAUCAUCUCCGCACUUAUCCAAACUGCUUUGUGGCUAAGGAGCUCACUGAUUGGCUAAUGGAACACAAGGAGGCCCCAGAAAGGGAAACCGCAAUACGACUCAUGCAGGAGUUAAUGGCUCACAACAUCAUACACCACGUUUGUGACAAGCACUUGGAAUACAAAGACGCCAAACUGCUGUACAGGUUCCGGAAAGAUGAUGGCACGUUUCCGCUUGAUAAGAACGUCAAAGUCUUCAUGAGAGGUCAAAGUUUGUAUGAGAGCCUGAUCAGCGCUGAGGACUCCAUCAUGAAGGUCCGAGAGGAGAGCAGCAUCCAGUACCAGCGCACCUUCCCUGGCUGUGAGCUCAUUGACUGGCUUGGUCAGAAUGGGGAGACCAGCUCCAGGAAGGAGGCAGUGGAGCUAUGCAGGGCCCUGCUGGAACACGGAAUCAUUCAACACGUCACUCUCAGGCACCAUUUCUUCGACAGUAGCCUGCUCUACCAUUUCCGAAUAAACUUCCGCAGGCGUCGGAGGCUGACAGAGCUGCUGGGUGAGAUCCUCCGGCCCGUCCAGGAGGGUCCAGACAGCCCCUUUUGUCUGCGCAAACUCAACCCAGAGACAGGCAGCACCAGCUUCCUCUCAGGCUUGCUGUUGCCUCUUCUCUCAGUCCAGCCCAACAAGGAGAUCAAAGCCCCUCUGUCGGCAAUGCGCAGGAGUAGUGCCACCUCGCUCUCCAGUGGGGGGCCAAGCGGCUAUUUCAACAGCCCCCCUGGCCUGGUGGAAUGCAAUCCCAAAUCAGUAUUGAAGAGAGUGGUAACUAAUGACGAGCUCCUGUGCCCAGGCGCACCAUACAUCAAGAAGACAAUCACAAUUGUGGGAGACGCAGUGGGCUGGGGUAUCGUGGUGCGUGGAGUGUGUUCAGGCCCGACUGCUGCAGCUGGAAUCAAGGUGCGUCAGUUUGUGUUCUCUGUGAAUUCCACCCUUGUGCUUCAGCUGGACUACAAGACCAUCAGCAAUUUGAUCAUGACAGGACCUCGCACGCUGGUCAUGGAAGUGAUGGAGGCCAUCGAGUGAGGUGCACCCCUGUCUAGUGCCUGUAUCCAGUACCCCUGUCCAGGGCCUGUCGCAUUCACAAGCAGGACGUUACCCCCGUAGACACACUCAGGGGUUAUGCGCUCUGGGUUAUUUGUAACUGAAAAUAGAACCAUUAUCGCUUGUCUAGACACAUGGAUAUCACAGGUUUGGUGCCACUUUAGUUAGAAUCAGUCAUGCUUUUAUAAUUAGCUGAUAUACAGAGAAUUCUUUUUUAAAUUGAUGAAUCAUUGAAACGUUAAUUUACCUGUUCAUUGGCCUUUUUUUUUUUAACGUAUGAAACAGUACAAGGCGGCACUUUUACCACGGAACCAGUUAUAGGUCAUGAUUCCACUAGCACUUGUAUUCUCGUUAGAAGGCAGAACACAAAUAGCAUUCUCAUACUUAUAGCGCCGGACUAUAUUGGUAGUUAUCCUAAAAGAUAAAAUGAAAAAAAACAAACUGUAAGGCCUUUUCAAUGACAAAAAAGAAGUGUUGAGAGAUCUAGCAUCAAAUAACUGUUUCAUAUUCUGUGCUGUUGAGUGAAUAAUGAUUUUUAAGCCUAUGUCACUUUUGGAAUCUGUAUUCUUUCAAGUGAAAACAUCAUAAUAGCCGGGUGGAUCUCACUGUUCCAGGGGAAGGCGUGUUGCUAAGCAGAUGGGGAGCUUGGUCUACACAGUAACCCUCAGAAUUCUUUGGCUAUCCUUACCGUUGCAAAACCUGCACUACUCAAAGAAUGAUCAUGCAGUAUCCUCUAGGUUCAGAACUUGUCUUUUAUCUAUAGAAGUGUUGAAUGAAUAGCUCCAUA